UUCUAUAAAUAGCUGCGAUUUCUUUGAUAUCCCGGAUUUGAACUACUCCAACAAUGGGAAUCUUCUUCUCUAGGUCAGAGACGAAGAAAGAGAGUCGAGUAACAGAACAAGACCGAGCCGUCCUCAGCUUGAAGCAGCAACGAGACAAACUAAAACAAUAUCAGAAAAAGUUGACAGGACAGAUGGCAAAAGAGAAAGAGCUGGCAAGGAAGUUGUUGAAUGAAGGAAAGAAGGAACGGGCAAAAUUGUUGUUGAAGAAGAAACGUUUUGCUGAGUCGAUGAUUGAGAAGACGGAGGCUCAAUUGGAUAACUUGGAGCAGAUGGUGCACUCGUUGGAGUUUGCUCAAAUUGAGCUGCAAGUAGUCGAGGGUUUGAAGAAGGGGAAUGAGAGUUUGAACGAGAUGCAUAAGAUCAUGUCACUUGAGGAUGUGGAAACGAUAAUGGAUGAUACUAAAGAUGCAGUAGAAUAUCAAAAGCAAAUUGAUGAGUUACUUGGUCAGAAUUUAACUCAAGAAGAUGAAGACGAAGUGUUGAGAGAGCUAGAAAUGCUCACAUCAGCUAAACUCGACCUUCCCGAGGUUCCUGUUGAGACACCAACAACUAUUGAAGAUCAACUGCCCAAAGUACCAGACACAGAACUGCCGGUUCCAAAGAAGGUAAAGACAUCGAAAGAUGAGCCUCAGCUAGUUGAAGCAAGUUGAAAUAAACGACUAGUGUAUAUUGAUUAAUUAAUUAACUGUUGAUUAUAAACUCUAAUAGAUGAUAGACACUCUAAUUAUAUAUGUGUCUGUACAUGCUUACAUCUUUGCUUUCACAAUAGAAAUCUGGUCGCUG